ACCGGUCUUGUCCUUGAAUUCCCGUUUCCUAAUAUAUAGGAGGAUACAGGUGGACUGAACUUUUAAAUCUCAAAUAGAUUAAUCCUCGUAUAUUAAUGAUUGCCUGUUUAUGAAUGGUUUUGUUUGCUUUGCAGUUGUUAAUGCUAAUAAGAUUGCAUUUAUGAAAAUAAGAAAUGCAAGCUGGACAAAUAUCUAACCUUUAAACAAUUUAAGGAAAUGACAAGUGUAAUCGAGGAAAGAGCAGAUUCGAUGGUUAAAGAAGGCAAAAUAUCAACAGUAGAAGGGGUUCUAGACCAGAUACAGAGCCAAAGCCCUUGGCGAGGAUUAGUGAUUCUCAUUCUGCUUAUGGCAACACAUCUGUCAACAGCCUAUGCUAUAUCUUUUCCUAACUUCGGAGGAUAUAUCCCUUACAGUCGAUGGGAAUGUGUUGGGACAAGUACAUUGUGCACAGACCGUGUAUCAAGGUACAGCGAUGCAAAUCCAGAUAAAUCGCCCUACAACAGUGAUGUGCUUUGCGGGAUUUUCGAAGACAGCCAAUCCCUGAUCGUAGAGAUAGAUUUCAACUGGGAUAUGUCGGAUGAGAGGAGCACAUAUGCAGUUGAUUGGAAUAUAUACUGCGGGACCGAGUACAAAGGCACUCUCCUCAGCUCACUGUUCUUCGUAGGAGGGUUCAUUGGAUUGCUAGUAGGAAGCUUCACUUUCGACACAUUCGGUCGGAGAACAACAGUCAUUGCAGGGUACUUCAUAGUCUCUCUUUGUAUGAUGAUCUCUGCAGCUGCACCUAACACGGGCACCUUGAUGGCUAUAAGAGUUAUUAUGGGUAUUGGAUCUUACAUGGGCUUGAGUGGGCUCUACGUUUAUAUCCUCGAGAAUGUGUCUUCGAAAUGGAGAGGGUUAGUCAGCUCCAUUGUGGCCAUAGGCUACAAUCUGGGAUGGACUGCAGUUCUUCCCGCUUUUGGAUAUCUUAUUAAAGGUUGGAAAUGGUUGUCAGUAGCUGGCGGUAUACUCAUGCUCGCUUCGGUCAUUGCCUGGUUUUUUGUACCAGACUCACCAAGACAUCUGAUGGAAAACAAAGAUGACAAAGUUGCUGCAAUGAAUAGCCUGAAAAGAAUAGCUACAUUGUUUGGUAGGAAGCUUGACCUCGACGAAAUAGAAUUGGAAAGCUCAAAGAAAGACACCGCUGCACCUCCGUCUUAUCUCGAAACCUUAAAGGAUUUCAUUCACUUCCCCGAACUCCGAAUACAGCUGCUGAUUCAAAUGUUUCAAUGGAUAAUAUUAGCCUUCCUUUACUACGGUUUUAAUUUCAGCUGGGGCAAGCUUGGUAAGAAUAUCUACUGGAGCUACGCAUUUUCUGGGAUCUCAGAGGUUUCAGCUGCUCUGAUCUGUUGGUUCGGUCAGGACGUCUUUGGACGGAGGAUGACAAUGCUUUCCUUCAACAUUAUAGGUGGGGCAUCCUUCCUUCUAGCGCUGAUUCCCCUGAGCUUCGGUUCUCAAAACGUGUUGACAAUGCAGCAGCUGAUGUGCUUGAUAGGUAGCAUGUUUGUAUCGGGAGCAUGGGGCACUUCAUAUCUCUAUGUGGCUGAACAAUCUCCCACCAACCACCGUGGGAAGAUGUCUGCUGUGUGCUCCAUUUCAGCCCGGUUAGGUUCUUUUGCAGGACCACAAGCUAGUCUCCUUUUCACGUGGAAUAAGUCUGCUACUCUGGUAUUCUUCGGAAUUCUUUCAAUCUCCGCAGGGAUGGUUUCACUGAGACUACCUGAAACCAAAGGUAAGAAGUCACCGAACAGUGCCCAAGAAGUGGAAGACAGACGAAAAGUUUUUCUCUCUAAAACAUAACACCAAUGACAUCGAUUAAGAUUCCGGCAAAGACCCUAAGACCCUAAGACCCUUUGCUAAGAUUCAAAAUAUACUGUUCAGCUGGCUACCAGUAUGCAAUCGUCUAGAAGUAGAACUUAGCGUAAAAUUGUUUUUGUAUGUAACUGAAAUCGUUAUUUUAAAUUUUGUUGGACCCUCCACAUGCACAUGGUGAUACUGAUAAUAUCUAUUACAUAUUUUACAUAUACGUUUUUUUAAUGACUUAUAACAUAUUUGUACGUCAUGUAAUUUUUUAUUUUUAGUUGACCCUAGAAUCAGAAUUUUUAAUAUUUUUGUUUUUAAACCAACAUUUUAAACAUGAAUGAAAACGUUGUUUCAAUGAGUAUCAUAUUUGUCAUAAUAUCAUAUUAUGAUAUUAUAUUGUUUUUAACUGAUUCAAAUUCUGUCAGCAAGUUGAAAAU